AUGGUGUUUGGUUGGAGAAAAGCGUUUUGCACUUCUGUUUCAAGUAAUCAACAACAAUCAUCAUCAUCAUCACACAUUCAUACACCAAGACUCCGAUCAAAGUUCGGUUUCUUCUCAAACCCAUCAACUCCUCGUGUCCGGUCUCCUGGCGGCAGCGGCCGUAGUAAUGGAAUCGGAUGCCGCUCCGCCGCUUCAACCUCAGCGGAUAAACCAUCUCUUCCCACCACUAGUCCCAAACUCCAUUGCAGAACCACAAGCAAUGCAACUCCAAGGACUAGUAACAGCUCAACUCCUAAGCUUCUCUCUAACCCUUCUUCCCCUAAAUCAUCUUCUUCCUCCUCCCACGGCGGCGUAUCUCUCCUCCGUGCCACACUUCUUCUCAACAAAACCAAGAGUAAUAAUAACAGAUGUGGGAUUUGCCUACAGAGAUUAAACUCCGGACAAAUAAACUCCACGGCGAUUUUCACGGCGGAGUGUUCACAUUCGUUUCACCUCUCUUGCGCCGUUAAAUUAGACGGAAAACGUUGCCCGUUCUGUUCCGCCGCGUGGAAUUACACGCCGAAGACAGACGCUGAGUCUGUUAAUUUAAGAUCCGACCCGAUUAGAAAACCCGAGAUCCGAGAAAUCAAAACGGGUAAAUCGUUAAGAGUGUACAACGACGACGAGACCUUAUCUUACUCUCCUGUCUCUCUCGCUCACUUCAACAGUAUACCAGAAUCAGACGAAAACGACGACGUAGAGGAAGCCGAAGAGUUCCCCGGAUUCUUCUCCGAUUCCUCCCUUACGCCGACGGCGUUUUCCGGUUCGGUUCCUCCGAUCUCCGGGAACCUGGAGGUUAAAUUGUCACCGGAAUCCGCCGUCGUGGAAUCCGGGAAAAGGAUCGAGACGCACGUCGUGAUGAUGAAGCUAAAAGCCUCUUCGCCGCCGGCGAACGCGGCCAGAGCGAGCAGGCCGUCGAUAGAUUUAGUGACGGUUCUCGAUUUGAGCGGCGGCGGAGCGAAUCUACGAACGGUGAAGCACGCGGUGAGAUCGGUGAUCUCUCUUCUCCGGGAGACGGAUCGGCUCUCGAUCGUCGUGCUCUUCUCGACGGGAUCGAAACGGUUGAUGCCGUUACGGCGGAUGACGGAUAAAGGACGGCGAUCGGCGAGGAGAAUCGUCGACGCGCUCGUCGGGAUUGAAACCGCCGGCGGAGGAGGAGGGAUGAGCGUCAACGACGCGUUGAAGAAAGCGGUUAAAGUCGUUGAAGAUCGGAGGGAGAGGAAUCCGUCGGUUAGUAUAUUCGUUUUAUCCGACGGUCAGGAUCAUUCGGAGGCCGUUACGAAAGCCACGCGCGUACCGUUCGUCGUUUCCACCACGCGCUUCUCUCGUCUCGAGAUCCCGGUACACUCCGUUUGGAUCGCUUCUCAGAGCGCGUUGCAUCACGCGCCGCUUCGCGACGCGUUCACGGAGAGAAUCGCUUCUUUGUUAAACGUGGUUCUCCAUGACGUUAAGGUUAAUCUCGGUUUAGUCACCGGUUCUCCGUUGGCUGAGAUUUCGGCGGUUUAUUCAUUAACCGGUCGGUUUGAGAGUUUUGGUUCCGGUUCGGCUGUUGUCGUCGGGGAUCUUUUCGCGGAGGAGGAGAGAGAAUAUCUCGUUGAGUUCAAAGUACCGACUUCUUCGAGCGGGUCCCACCAUGUAAUGUCCGUACGGUCUUCGGUCGUUGACCAGCCGUUUCCUUGUCCGAAAGAAAAACGUUUUUUGAUCCCACGGCCACAAGCCGUCCGGUUCGUAUCUUCGAGCAUCGAACGGUUGAGGAAUAUACACUCGGUGUGCCGCGCUGUAGCUGAUUCACGCAAGCUGGUCGAGCUUAAUGAUUUAGCUGGAGCGUAUCAGCUUCUAACGACGGCUCGGUCAAAAGCUUCGGAGGAUGGUUUAAUGAGCUUGGACGCUGAGUUAGCCGAGCUAAGCCGGUUGAAACCGAAAACCGGUUUGCUAAACCGAACCGAGGAGAAGCCUGAGCUACUUACGCCGACUUCGGCUUGGAAAGCCGCUGAGAAAUUGGCGAAAGUGGCUAUUAUGAGGAAGCAUUUAAACAGAGUCAGCGACAUGCACGGCUUGGAAAACGCCAGAUUUUAA